CUCUGACUUACAUGCAAGUUCAACAGUAGAUCAGCAAAUGAUCAAGGAAUCAAAUUUCUGGGAGAUACCAGAUGAAGGACUUCCCAGUGUGUCCUCUGCACAGAAAAAGAAAGCAAGGAAAGAGAGGAGGACACAGAAAACUGCUCAGCCAGGAUGAAAAUGUACAAACCAACUAUUUGGUGAGUGAGGACAUAGAGUCUUCUGUUGCAUCAGAGAUAACCACAGAUAAACACAACCCAGAGAGCAAACAGAACCCGAAUCCAGUGUUGAACAAGAAAUAUCUUCAUCAACAAAACAGGACCUGCCCACAAAUGAGGAACAAAAUGCAAUUUUCAAUUUAUCUGAAGACAAGGGUGAUCAUAAGUCAGAGGACACUGUAAACGCACUGCAUAAAGAGGAGAUAAAGCCAGCCCAAAUGCAAGAAAUGCCUCAAAUUCUUUGCUCACCUGAAAGUGUAAAACAUGAAGCCACAGAAAAUUCUGAAAUCAUUUUUGGAAAUCUGACAGACCAAACUGAAGUCAGUGACACACACCAAUCUUUAUUGAUUGUGAAAAUUAAUGAUGAUUCUCCAACCAAUCAGGAACCUUCAAGUCCUGACAGCAAACUGGAUGAGCAUACUCCAAAAGAACACAACUCUGAGGUUUUGGAGCAGAAAAAUGAGGAUUAUCAUGUAUAUGAUACCAAGAAACCACCAAUCAGGGACAUAGACACAGUAGACACUGCACUAAAUCAGGUGUCUGAGCUGGAAGGCCGAGCAGACGAUGAUACAAAACCUGCUGAACAAACAGGUCAUCAGGAGAAAGAAGGACUUUUCUCUGAAAUGGAGGAGAGUGAAUCCUCUUUAAAAACCUUGCAAUCAGAAAUAAAUGUUCCUUUAGACUCCCAACAUCAGCAAAAAGACACUGAAUUCAACCCACUUGUAAACAGAAGGAAACUGGGGUCUAGUCGAAGAAAUAAAGGAAGACGUCAUGUCAAGGACUCUACUGUUGAAUUAUACAACGAAUCUGCAGAGAACGUUGUUGGAAAUACCAAGAAUAAUGAACCCUUUGAAACCACAGAAAUGUCAACAACAUCAGAGACAGCAGUGCAGGAAAAAAUAAUUGAAACCAUGCCGGAAGAAAUGCAUAAAGUUGACUCUGCACAAACUGAAGAUGUUGGUGAUCAAGUUGAAGAAAAUGCACAUGCUGUUGCACUUGUUUGUGUUGAUUUAAAUGAAAGUUCAACAGCAGAUAGACAGAAGAUUGAGGAAUCAAAUUUCGUAGAGAUACUAAAUGAAGAACUUCCCAAUGUGUCCUCUGAACCAGAAAAAGAAAGAGAGGAGGACACAGAACUGCUCAGACAGGAUGAAAAUGUACAAACCAACUAUUCGGUGAGUGAGGACAUAGAGUCUUCUGUUGCAUCAGAGAUAACCACAGAUAAACACAACCCCAGAGAGCAAACAGAACCCGAAUCCAGUGUUGAACAAGAAAUAUCUUCAUCAACAAAACAGGAGCUGCCCACAGAUGAUGAACAAACUGAGAUUUUCAGCUUAUCUGAGGUCAAAGGUGAUCAUAAAUCAGAGGACGCUGUAAACACACUGCAUGAAAUAGAGAAUAGUCCAACACAAAUGCAAGAAAUGCAUCAAACUGAUUACUCAACUAAAAGGAUGGAACAUUAUGCCAUAGAAAACUUUGAAGUCAUUUCUGGAAACCUGACAGACCAAACUGAAGCCAGUGACACACACCAAUCUGAGAUGAUUGUGAAAAGUGCUGAUGAUUCUCCUACUAAUCAGGACAUGUUAAACCCUGAUGACAAACAAGAAGAGCAUCAUACAAAAGACAACAACUUUAAGGCUUUGGAGCAGAAAAAUGAAGAUUAUCAUGAUUUUGAUACCAACAAACCACUGAUCAGCGACAUAGACAGAGGAAACGCUGCACUAGGUCAGGUGUCUGAGCUGGAAGGCCGAGCAGACAAUGAUACAAAACCUGCUGAACAAACAGGUCGUCUGGAGAAAGAAGGACUCCUCUCUGAAAUGGAGGAGAGUGAGUCAUCUUUACAAACCCAGCAAUCAGAAAUAAAUGCUCCUUUUGACUCCCAAUAUCAGCAAAAAGACACUGUCUUCAAACUCACAGGGAACAGAAGAAAACUGGGGUCGAGCCGAAGAAAUAAAGGGGGACAGCGUCUCAAAGACUCUGCUGGUGAAUCAUACCACAGACCAACAGAGGACUUUGUUGGAAAUACCACGAGUAAUGAACCCCUUGAAACAACAGAAAUGACUUUAACAACAGACACAGCAGUGCAGGAAGAAAGAAAUGAAACCAUGCUGGAAGGAAAGGACAAAUUUGACACUGUUCAGACUGAAGAUGUUCGUGAUAAAGUUAAAGAUGCUGGCUUUGACUUACGUUCGAGCUCAACAGCAGAUCAACAAAUUAUCAACCAAUCAAAUUUCAGGGAGAAGCCAAAUGACAAACUUCCCAAUGUGUCUUCUGUACCAAAAAAAGAAAGCAAGGAAAGAGAUGCGGACCCAGAACUGCUCAGGCAGGAUGUAAAUUUACAGUCCAACUAUUUUGUGAGUGAAUCACAUGUUGAAUCAGGAGAAAUAGAGUUCUUUAUCACACCAGAGAAAAGCACCGAAAAAAGCAGCCAGAGAGAACACACUGACAUUGAAUGCAGUGUUGAGCAAGCAGCAUCUUUGUCAAUAGAAAAGACAUCUGCAAAUGAAGAACAGACAGAGCCAAGAGUCAGAGCAGCUCAUCAUUCAGAGGAUGCUGUAGAUGAAGUGCAUGAAGAGGAGGUCAAGGCAACACAAAUGCAAGAAAUGCAUCAGACUGAUAACUCUGCAAAUAAAGAGACUGGAUCCUCUUUACAAGCACAGCAGUCAGAAAUGAAUGCUCCUCUGGACUCCCAUCUUCAAGACGAUUCUCAGAGUAUCAAAGAGCAAACUCACACAGGCUUCAAGCCCACAGGGAAUAGAAGGAAAUUGGGGUCAAGCCGAAGAAAUAAAGGACGGUUGCAUGUCGAGGACACGACAAAAAUAUCAUUAAUAAUGGAGACAACGAAGCAGGAAGAAUUAAAAGAACAAGCUGGCCUCGACUUCAGUUCCACUGGGGAAUUAGGAAAAAUUAGAUCAUCUGUAAAUGACGACCAAAACACAGAAAAGAUGUUGGUGGAGGACACAAUUUUGUCAAAGAAUGUGAUGGACAUCAGUUCAAUUGUGACAACAGACAUUACUUCAGAGUCAGGCAAAGAUGACUUUGUCAAACGUAAUAAGGAAGUCAAUGAUGAAGAAGAUAAACACAUAAACGAGCCUGAGAGUUUGAGCCAGCUUACAGGAUGUGACACUGUUAAAACAGACUUGAUAACAUCACCAGAAGUCUCGGUUUGGAAAGAUGAUUCAGACAAACAGAGUGUCUCAUAUCAUGAUGAAAAUAUCAUGGCCAGGUCAAUCGCCUCGGAUGUUCUUGAGCAAGAAGAAGCCCUUCGGGGCCAAAACAAGGAAACUUUAUCUUGUGACAAAGAAAUUAAUAUGCAAUGCACAAAUGAUACAAGAGGGGAGAGUUUAAUGUAUGAACGAGUCUCUGGACAGCGUGAAGAUGGAGAACAGUUUGAAAGCCACAAAUCCAAAGAAAUUAAUGUUUUACCAGAGAUCACACCUGCUAAACUGUUUUCACACAAAACUGAUGCUCCAUCUGACGCUGAUCUGGAGGAAAACUUCAGAGUAGAUGUGUCUGAAGAAAGUGGAAUUUCCAGCCAACAGGCGAUACAAGAAAAAAUGCAUUUAGACGACAGUGAAAAUUUGCAAGUCGGAUCCAAACAGAAGAGGAGAAAGAUGGGUUCUACUCGCCGGACUCAACUCAAUAGAAAACCAGAGGAAAAGAGAGUAGAAACAAAUGAAAGUGACUUAGACACAGACACUGAUAUGAGAAAUCUUGUCAAGAUGGAAGCAGCAGAGGAGCUACAGAUGAUUGAAGCUGCAGAUGUAUCACAGAAUGAAAAUGCAAAACCAUCAAUAAGUCCUGCCUCCCACAAUGAACAGGUUGUUAAUCUGGUGAAGUUUGUUCAGGGAGCUGAUGUCAGGGAUAGUGAGAGGAAUGCAGAUGUUGGUGUGGAGCCACAGAAAGAUGAUUUUACAGCCACUGACACAGUGGAUAUAACAUCUGAGCUCACUGGAAGAAACUCAAUAGAUGUGUUACUGUCUGCAAAUACUGAAGAUACAAACAUUUAUGUCACAGAUGAGAGCGUUUUGUCUUCAUUUGAGAUCACACAGAGAAUGCAAAAUAAUGAGGAAAGGCCAGAGAGUGUAAACGUCACAAAGGACCAAACUUUGAAAUCAGCAGAGGCGCCUGUUGUUGCAGAUUUGGAAAUUGUGAAAUCUGUAGUUAGAGGAGGAGCUGUAGAAGAGCACAUGAGUACCCGAGCUGGUGAACAAGAGCCGGAUAAUGUGAGUGAAGGAGCUCACAAUGAAAAUCUCGAGAUGAAUGCAAGCCCAAAUCUAGGUUCAACCAGCAGGAGAAGAAAGUUGGGCUCCACCCGCAAGAAUCUCGGAUCACGAACCAACCGGGUAGACUUGCAUCGAAAGCAUGAUGUGGAUGAUGAAGCAACAGACGCUGCAACUAAUGUUGGACGUGAAAAGACCAAAAGUUCACCAGGCAUCAUAGAAGAUGAUCUACAACCUCACACAAAACACAAAGAUGGUGGCUCUGACGAGAGGAAAGACACAGUGGAGUACAGCCACACCGGUGAGUCUCAAGAAAAUCCUGAUUCUCGUGGCCAACUAGUAGAAACAGAGCAUCAAAUACCUUCAGGUGAUCUCCCUGCAGUACUAUCUACACCUCCCAAACACGAUUUCAUGUCAGAAGCAGCAAGUAGGAGAAAAAGAAAACUGGGGUCCCACAGAAAAUCACAUGGACAUCAAAGUUAUGAAAGCCAAACUGCAGGAGGGGACAGAACAAUAGAUGCACAAAAUGAGAAAGAUGUCACAAGUAUCACAGACCAAAGUGGCAUCAGGACAACUGAGGAGCUGAAACGAGAAUCUGUGGGCCUGGACAAAAUAUCAGAGGUUGAUGAAAGUGACAAGGAACCAUCAGCCAACAUCUCAAAGGAAGGAGAGCACUCGAGGCCUGCGAGUGCAAAACCACCUGAAUCAGAGACUCCAGUUCAACAUCGCUUUGCUGAUAUCCGCCUGGGUCAAGAGAGUCAAAAGACGUUCUCUUUGGCAGGUAAUUCUGAAGGUGCAGAUCUCAGAUCAAAUGCUUUAAAUGUGAUGAUGAUUGGAGACAGCAGCGUGGGCAAAACCUCCUUCAUAAAAAGAGCUCAGAGUGGAAAGUUUUCUUUAGAUAUACCCCCCUCAAUUGGACUUGAUUCCUGCAAGUGGACUGUGUUAGUGGAUGGAAAACCUGUUGUGCUGCAGCUGUGGGAUACAGCCGGUCAAGAAAGGUUUCACAGCAUCACAAGACAGAUCUUCCACAAAGCCCAGGCGUUUCUGUUGAUGUAUGACAUCACUUCCUCCCAGAGUUUUUCUGCAGUCAGCUACUGGGCGAGCUGUAUUCAGGAAGGUGCUGCAGAAAACGUGACUGUUUUACUUGUUGGGAAUAAAAGUGACUGUGCAGAGCGGCAGGUUAAAACUCAGGAGGCGGAAAUUCUUGCUAAGGAGUACAACUUUGAAUUCACGGAGUGCAGUGCCGCCACAGGUGAAAAUGUGGUUCAGUCUCUGGAAACUGUGGCCAGGAUGUUGAGUCAAAAAGAUGACACAAGAGAGGAAGCCAUGGUGUUUCACAAAGAACCCCAAAAGAAAAAAUCAUCACGAUGUUGCUGAACGAGAUGUGUCUCCAAAAUUCUGCUGACGGCAGAAACACCGUACCGCCUCUUCAGACAGUUUAUUUAACCAUGUUUUGGUUCUUUAAAUAGAUUUUUUUUUUUUACAAAUUCUAUUAAUUUACACAGAUGUAUACAAGUUAAAUUUGCUUAAACACUUAGAUUUAGCUGUUUUAUUUAAUCUACCAAGCCUUACAAGUAAAUUAUUGAUUUCGAGGACGAUAUAGAAGACAAUUAAAGGGACAGUUCCCCAACUUAUUUUUCCUUUACCUGUAGCGUUAUUUAUCAGUCUAGAUUGUUUUGGGUUGAGUUGCUGAGUGUUUGAGAUAUCGGCCGUACUUAGUUUGUGGUGCUCUAAACAGCAAAAAAAAAAAAAAAAAAAAACUUUUGAAAAACCUAACAGCGAUGUGUCUUUCCAAAAGUCAUGACCUGGUUACUCAAGAUAAUCCACAGACUUUUUUGUGAGCAGUCUGGAGAACUAUUUUCUUUCGACUGAAUUGCACCCACCAACCGUGUCACUGUGCAGAAAGAAGUGUGCAUCUAUGAUGUAUUUUUUAUUUUGGGGUGAACUGUCCCUUUAAGAGAAAAAGAAAUAUGGCAGUAGUGGCAUAUAAUAUGAUUCACUCUUUAAAAUUGAACAUUUUUUUCACUGGGAGUGGAAGCCACAGAAGUUGUAAAUUUGAUGCUUACUGAAUACCUUCAUGUAUAUAUGUGCUAUACUGCGCAGCUGAUGCAGGCUCUCUUUAGAAUCAGUUGAUUUAAAAAUAAUUUUGUAUCUUUUAUAUUUUUUCUCUCCUGAUAUAUAAAAGAUUUUCCCAACAAGAGCACUUUGAAAUUAUCUAAUUAAGUCAAUAUUUGUAGUAGUCUUGUACAGACUGAGGUUUUUUCAUUUGAAAAUUCAUGAACUAAUCUCUCUCUUUAGUACCUCUGCAAUUUAGAAAAGUUUCUCAGGUUGUUAGUUAAAAAAACCCCUCCAUAUUGUACAGUUAUUGAGUUUUGUUUAAUUAUGUAUAAACUUCAUGGAAAAUGUAUAUUAAAUGUCUGUUUAAAUAUCACUGUUGCUUAGUCUUAACAAGCAAAUUACCCCUUGGAAGUUACAAAACAUGGCACCAAAUUGUUAUUAACAAGGGUUUGCUAAUUUCUUAAGUAUUUUAUAUGAUAAGUAUUACUUUAUAUAAAACAUUUCAGUGUUUACAAGCAACUUGUGCAAUAUGUCUGUGAACUAGAGCAUCUUUCCAUUGUUUCUGUAGCUGUUAAGUACACCGAGUCAAUUACAUUCAGUUGGUUUAUCAUCUAUACUAAAUGAAGUUUUGGCAUCACGGCAGUCGUCACACAGCAGCCAGAUAAUCAUAAAUGCAUUCCAUGCCUCCAUAAUUAAAGGCAGCAGUAGUAAAAUAAUUAUUUGAUAAUUAUUUUUAAAUGUUAUUUUGUAUUUCACUAUAAAUUGUGUGGCUAAAUACCUUUAAUCAAAUUGUUCUAAUGUUGUGCCUUACGUUUAAUAAACCUCCAGAAUGACGCCUG